CGGUUGGCCCGGCUCCACGGGGCGCAUCUCCGGGGCCACAGACCCUGGGGAUGUUGCGGGAUUUUCCAUGCUCUCUUCCUCACCGGAUAGCACCACAGGCAGGGGUCUUCCUCCUCGCCGCGGACUUUGACAUGGCGGCGAAGGCAGGACCAUUUCUGGCACCAGUUGUGUAGUGCACGACGACUCGGAUGCAGAACUUCUGGUAAGGGCUUUCGCCGGUUUAUUAAACACACGGUAGCACUACACACCAGAGAUAGGUGUCCCUAUACUUGGUCCUAGCUCAGCUAUGUCUAGGGCUCUCUCAAUCGGGUCGGGACGGAGGCUCAACCAACACCGCCUGACCGAGGAGAGCAGCACUUCACGCAAACCUAGCCGGCUCUUGCAGACUAUUAUGAGCCCUACCCCUGGCUGUCUCUUCAUCAGCCGCUCACCAUCCCUGGCUCCCACGACGACCCCGCUCACGUCACUGGGGUCCCCCUUAAGUACCCCUUUACAAUCCCCGUCACAUGACGUCAUCCCAUUACCCCAUGACGUCAUCAGGCUACUCAUGAAUCCCGCAUGCUCAGAAACUGCAUGCUCAAGCAGCGUAAGUUCAGAUAUGAGGGACUAAACGGGUAUGGCAUGGGCUAGAGAAGAGAUUGGAAGAUGUGGAGGUGAUCGGACUUGCCAAUGACUGGUACCAGGAGUAUAAAGAUCGACCUCUGUGGAGGAGGCCCAUGAAGGAUGCUGCAGGGUAGUUGGAGGCAUUCGUACUGCAACAACGAGGUCAGAGGAGUGACACAUAAAUGGGUGGAACACUGGAUGUCUAAAAUGCAGCAAGUUGGCACAGUGCGUAGCACAGGUGGUGUAUCUGCCAGUGAUCUUAGUCAUCCCUUGACAUGUUGUAUAUGUCGGGUCUUGAAAAAUUUAUAAUAAAAAAUAAAAUUUAAGUGAAAUAAAAUUUAAGGUAUGUUGUUAUGACAUUUAGGCUCGGAAAUGUUGUCAAGGGUUGUAUUAUCAAUCGGGAUAAUACAAUGAAUUGUGUAAAGUUAUGCAAGCGUGAUGUAAGUAUGCUAAAUUAAGCUUGGCUUCGUUGUCUAGGGCUGUAUUAUCAAUCGGGAUAAUACAAUUAUUCUCGCUUUAUCAUUUACUGAUUAUGUUCUAGUGUGUUUAUGUCAGGUCUCCAAACUCAAAUCUCACCGCAGGAUACAGUUCUUAUAAUUAAGAUUAUUACGCAUGAACUUAGGAGGGCACCACUCAGACACUUCUGUGUUAAGCAACUUUAAUUUCUAAACAAAAACAUGACACUCUAAUAUGCAAACUCUUAUGCUUGGAAUUGUCAACACAGUACUCCUGAAGAUGUUCUCCUCAUUGAUCCGUACAUUUAACCCUCAAUGAUUACGUUUGUUAAACUGGGUAACAGAACAAUCGUUUAAUUCCUCAGCGUAAAAGCGAGCAGACACGGUGAUUGGAAAAAGUCUUUAAAAAUUAAUGUGACGAUAUUCAUACGAACGGCAAUAAAGAAACAUCUCCCGAAGGCAAAAAUAGACCUCAAUGAAUUCAUCGGUAAGAUUAUGCAAUUAACGAAAUGUCUUGGAACAAUGGUGUGCGGCAGUUUCAGCAAAUGUUUAUCAAAUUGGCUCGGGCUUCAAUAAAUUUGCGGGCAAGAUUAUGUGAUCAAAAUAAUGAUUUUAAAACGAUAGUCUCCCUGUGAGUGUGUAGAUUCAUAAUGUGUAGGUUUCUAAACGUUAAGUUUCAUCAAUGAAUUCAUUGGUAAUAUUAUGCAAUUAACAAAAAGAACGACUAAAAUACUUCUAAAUGACUGUAUCCACGUAACUCAAUGGGCAACAAUGUUCAUCAUCAGCUAAUAGUUGACGCACUCUUAUCAUUAGUCUUCUUAUUAUUCCCGAUAUGUGCGUUAUGUGCGUGUUGGUGGUUUGUCUUCUUGUUCAACUCUGUUGUGUUAAGCAGAUGCCGGGCGAUGCGUUGUGAGUGUGGGGGAGGGUCAUACACACAGCUUCCUCGCUCUCUCUCGCUUGGCGGCAGCUGUAGCUGCUUGUCCACUGCUGGAUGAAGAGUCGGUACGACGCUCGCCGUCGGCGGUGCGCGAUGAUUCCGUCGUCAGAUAGCGCCCGCAGCUCGUCCGCUGGUCACCGUUCCUCACUCUUGUCUUGGUUCCCAGCUGGUGCUGGUCGGUGUGUGUGGGUCGAACCCACGGCGCUCUCACCGGCGCUCUCCUCUUCCUCACGGGCAGCUGGUCAGGCUCUUUCCCCUGCUGGAUGAGCUGAGUCCGCACAACGCUUGUCUUUGAAGGUGCACGAUAGCGCUCGCCGCUUGUCCGCUGGCAGCUGACACCCUUGCUCGGUGACACUGGUGGUGCUGCUGCGCUCUUUUUCCGGCUCCAUGCUCUCUGGCGAUGCCCGGUUGCGCGUGCAGCUGCUUCUCUGCGAUGCUGGCUUGGUCGAUGCUUGGCGCUUUCCUCCCUUUCUCCCGGUUGAUUGCAGACGUUGCUCGUCACUCUUUCUCUCGGGCUGCAGCUGCUCGUGGGAGCUGGCACUCACUCUCAAAACUUGUAAAUUGUAUUCGCACACCUCUUACACAACUGUGAAAGCUUAGUACAAUACAAAUUAUCGCAAUCCUUUACUUUGCAAGUGACGCAAAACGUCAGGAUAAAUGUAGAAUAAAACUUUCAGCGAUACUCUGUCGGUCCAUGCCGAACUCAGCACCGAGCAUCACCUCACCUCUCUUCUCUGCGAGACACAACACCCAUUGUUGAUCUUGAGGCCAUGCCCCGGAGUCUGCCCGUCGCAGUACUGGCUCUUUGCGUUGACUUCGUAGACUCGUGGCUUCUGCUGAUGCAGCUCGUUAACGGGGGCAGGUUCCCGGAGCCUGCCGAUCGCAGCACUGAAUUGUGUGUGUCGUGUCCCUGUUUAUAUCUGAAAUCUCUGCUGUCGGCUCGCCUUCUCACAAAGGACUGGAAUCCCUUUGAUUUCGCUCUUUGCUGUGGGGGCAGUUGUUCAUCCGGGGUACGUGUGUAUGUAUGUGUAUGUCCUUAUUUAUUAAGCAAUAUGUUAAGUUUCACCCUGGCCUGGUUUCUAUGUCCCCCUCCUCAAGCCAUAUUUUCAUCCGUGGAAAACAGAUGCCCCAAAUUACCCUUGAUAUGUUUUCCUAGUUUUUCAACUUUGUAAUAAUUAUUCUGGAGGGUGGGGUUCCCCAUGUCCAGUCGCAUUCACCCCCCCCCCCCUCUCUCGCUGUGGGGUGUUACAUUUUCUUCUCUCUCACAGAGAGGUGCGCUGGCCUUUGAAGUUUUGUACCGUUUGGAAAAAAAUAUUAUUUUACCUUUUUUUGCUUGAUACCGUACCACUUUUGUAGUUCUGAUUCUGUAAGUGACUCAAAGUAUGUUUGUAGCAGUGUUUACAGUACUUCCAUCGUGGUUUGGAGUUCCUUCAUGGUGUUUAAUUUUUUAUUUUAAGAGGAGAUGCCCUCUGAAUGCGUAUGCAUUUUUUUAAUAUCACGUGCUUCUGGGAGACGAAGGUGGUUGGGAGGUUCUCUCUCUAUGGGAUACAUUUUAUCUUGGUUAUGUGUGAUUGACCUGUUUCGCCUUUUUUAUUCUUCUUGGAUGACCCUAGGUCUAAUACUUCAUAAUUAUUAUUUGGUUUAUGUUUAUCCAGAAUUCAUUCUUUGGUUCUUUUGGUAAAGUCACGUAGAAGAAGAAGAAUAAAAAUAAGGUGAAUAACAUUAUGGUUAAAAUAAUAUUUGAGAAAUAAUAACCCGCUAAUGUAGAUUUUAGCCUGGUUUUUAAUCGGAGUGAGUGUGUUGGCAGUCUAUGAUGUCCACUUAAUAUUGUCGCUAACUUUUGGACUUUUACGGUAUAAAAAAAAAAUCAGUUAUAAUAUCCGUUUUCCCUGCUAUGUGCCUGUGUUUUACCGUUCUGGAGAUUUGUUUGUGAACUGUCCAAAACGUUCGGGGGAGGUCGUGUCAUAUGGUCAUCUGACCACAACCUGGAGAUUUUCCAGUUCGUCGUUAACCUCCCUUUGCCCCGGAGUUUAUUAUUUAAUGGUUAUUUUAUGGCCUCCUCCCUCGACUUGCUUUCAAUGCGGUAAGGCAGCUCCUGUGUGAGGGGAGGGGGGUUCGCAUCACCCCCUUUUGUCCCUAGCGACAGCGCGAUUGAUUAUUAAAAAAUAAAUAUUGGCAGAAUUAUUCUUGAUAUAAAUUUUUGUAAAAAGGCCUAUAUAUACAACAGACACCUGGAUCAUUCCCAUGACCUACUGGCAAGUGCUCCACACUUACAUCGCCUCAAUUCGCACCUAUCAUGGCAUGACCACUGUGAUGAUGUAACUACCAAUUAGUGGUGAAUGGUGGCUGUUUUCUUUUGUUCGUUCGGUAAAAUCACGUAGGUAGAAAUAAAACAAAUCACGUGUCAUCUAUGUAUCUCUUCCACAAGGAAUGACGUAGGGUGGAUGUCUGGAUAGCAACUGUUUAAAAUUUCAUGGAGAAAUUGAUCAUGGAGAAAUUCGAAACAGAUGACAUCUUGUUGUUCGCAGGACUUUAUCAGGAACUAUUAUGACUUUGUUUACAUUUAUUUUACACUUUCCGUCGCCGCAAAGUGUAUUGGUAGUCUAUAAUGUAGACUGUAGCCUGCUUUUUAACUUCAAUGAGCAUACUGGUGCUCUCUAAUGUAGACGUAUUCCUGCUUCUUCAAUGCAUUUCACUUGCUUCGUUUGCUCACGUCACGCUAUUUACUUACAUGUAGUAUUGCGAUGGUGAUUUCUAUGUAAAUAAGUUGCAGUUUCUUUGGUAUAGCUGAUUACAUUUGGUGUUUCAUUUUGUUACGUUGUUGGAAAAAACUAUUUAAAAAUUGGCAUACUGCAGCUUUUCUUUCAACAUUCUCCUCAUGCAGAGAGAACUAUUUCUCUUUUUGGUAUUGUUUUUACGCACUGACAUAAUAAAAUGCAGUCCUUAUUUAUUUAGUUAAAUACCAAAUUACUGCUGUUUUCGUGUGUGUAUUUAUUAGUUAGCAGGUACUGGAACCUACCAACUCACAUGCGUUCGGUGGGGCGGAGGGGGGAAUUUUCUUUCUUGUGGACACAAGGAGGGUGCACGUACCUCUGGAGGGAGCCAGCGGAGACGUGGCGGAGAAGCAGGCCCUGCUUGGCAGGGUCCCGUCGCAGAGGGAGAGAGGGGACGUGUCGGCUCAGGGGAGUUAAGGGGGCCCGGAAAUGAGGGCCCGAGGACAUGUGACGCUGGCUCCGGUUCCGUCUCGAGAGACCGAGGAGGGGGCGUGGCCAGGGGCAGAGCAAGGCCACAAGCUGACGCUGCCAGUUCUUCUGCCACUUGGCUGUACAGAAUUGGUCAUGGAGCGAAGACAAUCAGCAGGAGAAAAACCCUUCAAGUGCACUGUGUGUGGGAAGGCGUUUGCACAUCCAUCACUUCUUCAAAGACACCAGAGAAGUCACACAGGAGAGACACCCUUCAAGUGCACUGUGUGUGGGAAGGCGUUUGCAGAGGCAUCACAUCUUAAAAGACACCAGAGAAUACACACAGGAGAAACACCCUUCAAGUGCAUUGUGUGUGGAAAGGCCUUUGCACAGUCAUCACAUCUUAAAACACACCAAAGAAUACACACAGGAGAAAAACCCUUCAAGUGUACUUUGUGUGGCAAGGCAUUUGCACAUUCAUCAAUUCUUCAGGGCCACCAGAGAACACACACAGGAGAAAAACCAUUCAAGUGCACUGUGUGUGGGAAGGCAUUUGCACAUUCAUCAUUUCUUAAAAGACACCAGAGAAUACACACAGGAGAAACACCCUUCAAGUGCACUGUGUGUGGAAAGGCCUUUGCACAGUCAUCACAUCUUAAAACACACGAGAGAAAACACACAGGAGAGACACCCUUCAAGUGCACUGUGUGUGGGAAGGCAUUUGCAGAGUCAUCACAUCUUAAAAGACACCAGAGAAUACACACAGGAGAAACACCCUUCAAGUGCACUAUGUGUGGGAAGGGCUUUGCACAGUCAUCAGGUCUUAAAACACACCAGAGAAUACACACAGGAGAAAAACCCUUCAAGUGUACUUUGUGUGGCAAGGCAUUUGCACAUUCAUCAAUUCUCCAGGGCCACCAGAGAACACACACGGGAGAGAAACCCUUCAAGUGCACUGUGUGUGGGAAAGCAUUUGCAGAGUCAUCACAUCUUAAAAUACACCAGAGAUGUCACACAGGAGAGACACCCUUCAAGUGCACUGUGUGUGGGAAGGCCUUUGCAAAGUCAUCACAUCUUAAAACACACCAGAGAAUACACACAGGAGAAAAACCCUUCAAGUGCACUGUGUGUGGGAAGGCGUUUGCACAUUCAUCACUUCUUAAAAGACACCAGAGAAUACACACAGGAGAAACACCCUUCAAGUGCACUUUGUGUGGGAAGGCCUUUGCAAUGUCAUCGCAUUUUAAAGCACACCAGAGAAAACACACAGGAGAGACACCCUUCAAGUGCACUAUGUGUGGGAAGGCGUUUGCAUAUUCAUCAAUUCUUCAGGGCCACCAGAGAACACACACGAGAGAGAAACCCUUCAAGUGCACUGUGUGUGGGAAGGAAUUUUCACUGUCAACAUAUCUUAAACAACACCAGCGAACGCACACGGGAGAGAAACCCUUCAAGUGCACUGUGUGUGGGAAGGAUUUUUCACUGUCAACAUAUCUUAAAAAACACCAGAGAACACACACAGGAGAAAAACCCUUAAAGUGCACUGUGUAUGGGGGGAAGGGUUUUCGACAGUUAGGGGAUCGAAACAAGCAUCAAACCAUUCAUCAGGAAAUUAAUCUGAAAUCGGCUUGUGAAAGUCAAAGUGCUGCAAUGAGUCCAUCACUCAUGAAACAAGAACUAGAAAAACAUUUGGGAUAUGAAACGUGGCCAGGAGUGAAGGCAAAAUGUCAAGAAGUGAAAAUGAAAUUUGAAUCAGUGAAAGUGAAGACUGAAGAAGUGAUGGUAAAGAGUGAAGUGAUAGUGAAAUGUGAGGUAGAAGAUUCGACUCCAAAAUCCGACCUUCACGUCGAUGGAGGUAGCGUGAAGCUGGAAGAGACUGUGGACGCUGAGGCAGAGCGAGGCAACUCCCAGCAAUUUGUGGAUGUGGAGGUGUGGGUGGAUUUUUUAGGCAAUACUGAGUCAAAUGGAGACCAAGUAGAUGUAUAUCAUUGACCUAAAGAUAAACAAGUUCCAUUUCAUUCACAGGACUUUUCCAUAAGAGUUUUUUUGGGUUAGAUCGCGCAAAUAUAUAGAUUUUUCAUUAAAACCUACCACCACCCGACAGCCAUCUAGUAAGGGUUGUCACGUGAACAUGCCAAUUCGUCACUAGUAAAGCACACCCGUGUGUUGGAGAGCCAAGCCACAGCAUUUACAAUCUGAGUACGACGUUUCGCCAGUAAUUACAGCUAGCUUCAUCAGGUGACAGCCAGAUGUUUGCCUUUCUCAUUACAAGGGUUUAACCUCCAAGUAGUCAAUAGAGGCAGUGUGGAGCUGGAGGAGGCUGUGGACUGAGAGAGUGAAAUGACACCCAGCAGUUUGUGGAGGUGCACUUUUUGCAGGAUGCAGAGUAGGAGCGGCCAGCAUGUGUGGACUUGGAGGUUGGGUAGAUCUGUAAGCAGGAGCGGGAGACAAAAAAGCUUCGUAUCAUUAAACAUCGACACGAGUCUGCCAGUAGGGUGGAACGAUGAUUGAUGUGUAACCCCAGUCGGGUAAUUUGUCGCUAAUCUUUCGAAUCUGACAAAUUUUGACCCUGACACCAUGAAUGGUGAACAUCCACUUAAUCAGAUGGUGCAUAUUUUUGGUCAAUAUUGCUGCGGUAAUCAUGAUGGCUGCCGGACAGAUGUGAACUGUGAACCUUUUAACAAAUAUCAACCGUGCUAUCACUUGGCUUCUUUCAUUCUAAGAAUGCAUGCAGGUGUAGGCAUCCAUUCAGAGAUCAGUGUACAGUAAAUGUGAUGUAAUGUGAUGCAGUAUAUUUCAAUGCAAUAAUUCAAUGUUGGCGAUGUGUCUCUUGAUUAUUUAGAGUUAUAAAUUUAACACAUUAUUCUGAGCAUAUACAACAAAAGCUCUUAUCCAGCAUCCAUGGAGAAUCGAGGGUGCCAGUUCAUUAAAUGUGCCGGUUAUCUGAGAGGUAUACUUUAUGGUUCAGCAAAAUUCUCAAAUGUAAAAACAUUUUUUAAUGAAGAAAUUAAGCAUACAUUUUAACUAUGAUAUUCAAAAUAAUUAACUCUUUUACAGAGGUACUCACCAGUCAUUUGUACAGGAUUUUAAUUUAUUGUAGAGAAGCAGAUUGCAGUGUACAGUAGUGCAGUACCGUAUGUACAAGUGUAGUGAGUUCAAGAAGACGUAGACGACGUAGUCGGAGGCACACUUAUUUAUUAUAACUUUACACUCAACACAGGCCAAUGUAUACAACACUUGAAGGGGUAACGGCCCCUUCACCCAUCUAACAGGGAGACCCCACUAACACUAGCCCGGCUAGCCUGCUCCCAGGUCCUCCACUCGAGAGCUAGGGGAGGCUAGCUGAUCCAGCUCUGGCCAAGCUAGGAUCUCGGCACCCUUAGCCAACCAGACCGACUCUUACAAGAGCAUCGGCUCUGGGCUCUCGGGGCCACGCCACUGGCUUGCCCCGGUCGGUCCUUAGAAGGACAGCGAGCCAGGGGAGUCCCAGGGCCUAUCUAGUCGGUCUUCACUCUUCGCUGGUUAAGCUGAAUACUCCACCCCGAGCCCACCGGCUCUCUCUGCCUUAUAUAGCAGCUCCCCCCCGAGGAGUGGGGCCGUGGGGGAUCACAGCGCCGUUACAGCCCCCCAGGGCUAACCGAUGCGGACGUGGAUGUAGGCACCCUUACGCGUGCGGGCGUAACCACACCUUGUGUGUUUGUCCUCCCGUAACACCCCUACACAAGUACAGUGAAACAAUUAGGUUCGGCAGCCCACAACACGAUCGCAAUGGAAGAUUGCAGAUUAUUGCAAUUGCGACUCCAUUCGCGCCACCACUCAGCAAAGUCAUAAAGAACGCUGCAAGAUACCAGAAUUUUUCUCGAUAUGUGAAGUAAUAUUUAUUUUGCCGCUUAACAGAUGCCGGUUAAUAGAGCAUUCCGUACGGAAAAGUACGUGAUAGCAGAGAUUUUGCUGUAAGUACCAUUUGGUAUUAAACGGUCAAAAAUGGAAAGUCCUAAAUAGACGAACGUUUGUUUUGAUUGUAACCUGUGCGGAACAUUUACGUGACUGCUGUUGUUCAUGUGAUACAGGGUCAAAAGCAUUGUUUGUAGCUUAGGAACCAUAUCGCUCAAUUCAUUAUCUUCUAAAUUACGAAUAUAGUACACACAAGGGAAAACACUGAAAUGUUGCAUAAAGGAGAUAUUUUUACACAACGCUAAUUAUGUUGUGUUAUCUUACCUAUAAACAUGAUUUUUUUGUCUGCCUGUGUCUGCGUACGCCUAUCCUCGUAACGCUUUCAACUGACAAACUAUUGGGUUUACGUUUUAACAAAGUACACAUACAACAAACUAAGCCCCCCUCACGAAAACUGCUAUUUGUUUUUGCCAUUGGGCCAAUGUAAGCUAAUAAGAUCACACCUUAUAACAAUGUACACUGAUCGUAAUGAUAACUUUGAGCGUAUGCUUUGCAUCUGCGCAUGCAUAGAAACGCUAACUCACUGUUGCCCCGAGCAACGUAAGCAAGCUUUUUGAAUGGCGACGGGAGGGAGGUUCUCCUUUGCGUUAAACAAAGGCAAAAAAAGCACAGUUACUGCUGCACAAGCACACGCUGAGGUAAAUCCUGAACAGUGUGAUGUGUCCCCCCCACCCCAAUGUGCCUUUACUACAAUAGUCAGUAGAUACUACUAGAGUGAUUAGAUACUUCUAGAUUGGAAGCUUUCGUGACUGCAAGGAUUCAUACUCUUAGGUUUUUUUGGUAAAGUCACGUAGGUAAAAAAUAAAAUUAAAAGUUAAUAAAAGUAAUAAUCGAAAUAAAAUAAUAAAUCACGAGGUUUCGGAGGCAACACAAGUCUCCGUCAUCAGGUGGGACCGUCACAGCUAAAAUUACUGCAUCAAGUGAGGAAAAUUCCAAAAGACCAGCCCUUAAAUACAAGUUAAGGGGGGAGGAGCUUAUCUGAAUGUGGUAACCAGGGAAUGGAACGUGGGGGUGGUGGGCGGGGCUACAAGAGAAAUUGGUCAACGUCGACCUGUGCAAGAAAACGGAGCUACAAGAGAAAUUGGUCAACGUCGACCUGUGCAAGAAAACAAUCGGUGUACCUAAACCGAUGUUGGUUGAGAAUCCAAAUACAAAAAAGCAGUACUCUGUGGCAAUUCCUUGCGGCGCUGGUGAAGGCUGCAAUCCCCUACUCUGUCGGUCAGACUCACUUGGCUUCCCUCUGCUCGCAUGCAGCACCAUGGCCCCAGUGGCCCACUGAUGGCACUGCAUGGUGUGUUCGCCUUUGCGUCUGUUUCAACGGCACUUGGCGCUAUGCGCCGUAGUGAUCCAUUUAACAUCACUACAUCACUCCCCCCCCCCCCCCUUUUAAAAUUCAGCCGUCCCAGCUGACACCCAUUCCCUGUAUAGCGGGACAAACUUCCCGAAUACACAUACAAAGCAAUGAACAGCAACACAAUAGGAACCUCCCACGUGAGUCAACCUGAACAAACAACAACAAUUCAACACAGCAACAACAACAAAAAAUACCCCGACGCACCUUAAUGACCCACCCUGGACAAUGUACAAUACUCGAUGACCGCCGACCUGCCGCCACCCAUGAGCCCCGAAAGGGCCCAGUUCGACCGGCACCCGCAGCCUUGCUCGUGGCUGCGGCCUUGUGUUGGGCGGCGUCGAAAUAAAUAGGACGACCGGGUGAGUUAUAUAAAAGUCACAGUUUUAGAGCGAGUUCUCGUCGCCGGGCCCCCAGGCGGGACAAGGGCAGGUUUACCAGGGACCUCGGGGACGACUUGAAGAAGGCCUAACGGGCGCGGCCCCUCCCGUACAAGAGAUGGGUAAAGAGGGGAAGCGGAUGUCAGCCACUCCCCUCCUCGCUGGAUGGCUUUCCGACGGUGUGACGGGCAGCUCCGAGGUCAUCAAGUGCUGGAUUCCUGUGGGCGAAAGAACAGAAAUCUGCUGAGGCACAACUUCGGUGGUCGCACGCCCGGGCUAUUCGGGCACAUCCGACACCCGGCCUUCGGGCAGUGGGGAUGAAACAUCAGUAAAAGGCGGAAAAUACAGUUUCAAUCACGACGGGUGUACAUACCAUCGUCUGCGACCAACCUGAAUCCGAACACAUUGGGGCCUCUUGACCUCUAUCACCUCGACCGGGCCCUGCCACGGUCUAUAUAACUUGGGAGACGGGCCCACAGGCACUUGAGGACAGUGCAGCCAAGCCCUCUCGCCGACAUUCCACGGCUUUGGUCGUGCCUGCUUUCACUACAGCAGUGCAUACUGACUUUGGUGGGACCUGCUUUCACUAGAGCAGUGCAUACCGACUUUGGUCGUACCUGUUUUCACUACAGCAGUGCAUACUGACUGGUGGUAACUGCUUUCACUACAGCAGUGCUUACU